GCCUAAGGUCACUCCUCUUCGCUAAUUUGCAUUAUCGGAAAGUGAAAGGUGCAUUGUGACUUUAUUCCACUGCAGCAAUGGCAUUCGCUCGCAGCUUAGCCAUCCUUCCCGGAGGACUAGGUGGGCUCGGGUCAAGCAUAGGCAAAAAGCUCAAACAACAAGGGGCUCGCCUCGCCAUUUUGUACGCUCCCUUUGAGGCGGCCCGUCGAGACCAGCUACUGGAAUCGGCAUACGGCCACGUUCCCGAUAGAAAUGAAAUCCGAACCUAUGAAUGUGACAUCACGUCGCCGGAAUCCGUUCAGUCGGCGUUCGACGCAUUGAAAAAUGAAAUAGUCGAGCUGUCAUCUUCAUCUCCGGCCUACCCGAGUAUCUUGGUCAAUACAGCCGGCUACGUAAACUUGAGUGAUAUGGAAACAACGCCACCCGAGGAGACCAUGAAACAUCUCACCACGAAUGUUUUUGGACCGAUGCUCUGCUCCCAGGCAUUUGCCCGUCUCUACUUUGCUGCGUCCAAGGUUGCCGAAUCAUCAACACACAACUCCCCUCCGCCUGGGAGAAUCAUCAAUAUCGCAUCACAAGCGGCACACGUAGCUCUACCGCGACAUGGUGCCUACUGCGCCUCUAAGGCCGCACUUCUCGGACUAACCCGUAGUAUGGCUUCCGAGUGGGGAGGUCGCGGCAUCACAUCCAACACCGUAUCUCCGACGGUGGCAUGGACGGAGCUCGGGAAGAAGGCAUGGGGCCAGCCAGGAGUUAAAGAGGCCUUUCUGAAGACGAUCCCGACUGGGAAGUUCGUCUUACCGGAGGAGGUUGCUGAUGCUGUCCUCUUUCUUUGUCAGGACUCCAGCGGCAUGAUCAACGGUGCAGACAUCAGGGUAGAUGGCGGGUUCACCAUUCGAUGAUUUCCUUUCUCCGGGACUUCAAUUGUCAUGUUGUUUUCUUUCCCCAGAUUAGAUACAAAAAGAUAAACCAGUCACAAAAAAAAAUUACUAUAUUGAGAGUAGAGGCGGGCUUAUAGAGCAGUGCGAGA